UGAAUUGCUUUUAUCGACACUAAUUGUGCCGUCCCACUUGGUAAACAAAAUUAUUAGGUAGAAAUUAACGCGUGAAGUUUCACAGAUGAACAUAGACAAGCCCCUGGAUUACUUGAAAUGUAUACAUGUGUAAUUAAAUAUUCUCUCUAAUUAGGAUGCUAUUUGAGGAUUAUAGCCAAUUUUAUUCAUACUAUAAUUUUCAACUGCUGAAGAAAGAAAAACAUUUAUUUUGAAAUACUAAAUGUAUAUAUAUAAAUAAAAAGAAAAAGACAAAUACCACUCUCCCACUUAUAUACAUACAGACAAAAAAAAAAAAGACAAAGAACCACUGACUGAAUGAUUAUUUUAUAUCCGAAAGAAAUCAAACUUGUUUUAUAAGGAAACAGUGAAAAAUAAUUUUUCUCUUUUGAAAUUAUUCCAGCAUAGAUUCUAAAAUAUUCAUGCAAAUGCAUAAAUACAUAUUAUAUAUAUAUAUAUAUAUAUAUAUCAAUUUUCCUUUAUGCCAUUGAAACUGCAAUGGUAUUUUAAAAAUAUGGAACUUGUUUAAAAUGUUUCUCCUGAUAAUUGCCUUUUUCUUUGUGAUGAAAUAUAAAUGAUAACAACAAUACUGACAAAAUAGCAAUAAUGGACACUGGCUCUAUAAUAUACAUAACAUGUGAAACAGUAAUUGCUGUGAUGUCUAUAGUUGGUAACUUUCUCGUAUUGUUAGCAAUUCGUCGCAAUCAAAAGCUACAGACCACAACUAACUGCUUUAUUGGAAGUCUUGCUGUUGCUGAUUUACUUGUAGGAUUUCUGGCGGCACCACUGGCAGUUCUCAGUUUUAAAGGUUUACCACAUGAUUUCAGUGGUUGUGUACUUGUCAACUCCUGUAUUGUUUUGCUGACUCAAUGUUCCAUAAAUGGACUUCUUGUUAUCGCAAUAGAUCGCUUUAUUGCCAUUAACUAUCCCUUUACAUAUGAAAAAUAUUUCACAAUUAAAUUUUCUCUCGUGGUGAUUGUCAUAAGUUGGACUGUAGCUUUGAUUAUUGGACUCGUGCCAAUCAUGGGAUGGAACAUGGGACCGACUGAGGAAAAGUUUUGCAGCUUCACGAGCGUCAUUGACUUACAGUAUAUGGUCUAUUUCAACUUUUUGGGUUGUGUUUUAUUCCCGUUGAUUGUUAUGUUAGUGAUCUAUGCACAUAUCUUUAAAAUAGUCAUGGCACAACUAAAACAAAUAUCAGCGACGCAGCCCAAUGUUGGCGGUGACAACAGAAAAAAAUUUGCUCGAAGAAAACUACAUAAAGAAAUAAAAGCAGCCAAAAGCCUCGUGAUAAUAAUCUGCUUAUUUGUCGUUUGCUGGUUUCCCAUUCACAUAUCAAAUUGUAUUAUGUUGCUGAGAGGAUCCCAAACCUUACUGUCGCAUAGUUUUUUACUUGCCGCUAUUCUUCUCAGUCACGCAAAUUCGUUUAUAAACCCUUGUUUAUAUGCAUACGGUAAUUCACAAUUCAAGUACACGAUUCGGGGAUUCUUUUGCCGAAAUACUGUGGCCGCGGCAGAUGAAUUCACUUUGUCACAUCGCCAUUAUCCGCUUAAUUCUUCAGUGCCAGAGACUAUAGACAAGCAAAAACCGGUUCGAAUUUCUGUUAUAGCAAAACCAGAACUUAUAGAUUAAUUGAAAACGACCAUGAAAAAUUGAUUUUAAACAACAGUAAUAGUUUGAUGUGAAAAAAAAAAGAAAAAGAAAAAAGAAAACAAUGAUUAAAAGGAAAUGAACAAGAUUUAUAAAAAGGUUUAUUAUACCUUCACUUUUCUGUUUCCAUCUAUACAUCAUUUCCAGUGUCUCAGAAGACGUUCCGGUGUUUCAUAUAUUUGAAAGCAGAGAGUGAACUAAAGAGUGGGGUGAAGGGGAAAGAACAUUAAUUCAAGCAAAAUGUUUCUUUGUCGUUAUCUAUUCUUUGUCGUUAUCUAACUGUAAAUGUAACCAUGCUUGUGAAAAAUAUGAAAAAAAAAACCAAAAUAAAAUUGGCAAGCCAAUUUUAAAGAAUAAGUUGAGCAUUUGAUAAAGACAGCAACAAUAAAAAAACAAAACAAAACAUUAAAGCAUAAAACGUGACUUUCUCAGAUAUAAAGAACAAAGAAAAAAGACAAUAUUAAUCACCAUGAAAAUAUAAUUAAAAAACAGCAGAAUAUAAACGAAACAAAACUGAAUGACUUGCUUUCAAAAGAAAACAUCUGCUUUUGCUUGAGAGAAAUGUAAAUUAUUUUUGCUAUACAUAAAUGUAAACAUGUAAAUAUUUUCUCUAUUUUAAUUCAGAUUUCUCAAUAAGCUCAUC